CAGUCAAAUUCAAAGGGGUUAAAAGUAGAUCAUUUGUACACAGGUGUAUUUACAUGUUAAGUGUGUUUAUGGAUACACGGUUGGUUUGAAGAGUUUUAGUAAACUUCUCCACAGCUUGACACACUGGCUGGCUUACUGAUAUCCUAAUUUACUUUACUACAAGUUGGUACAGAAGCUGGCGUCUGACUGUUGGGUUUCAGUUGACAACCUGCUCAGUGUGUGAAUGCAGACGUUGUUGAGACUAUAAUGUUAUCUGGUUGUGAAGUGUUUGUAAGCAAGGAACAGGUCAAGGGGUUGACCCUCCACGGAGUCCGGUGACAGAGGGGAAAACAAGACAACGUUACGCUGCGUUGCUACGUUAAACUCUAACUACAUUCCGCGGAGUGUGUGCUGAAAAUGGUGUAUUUUCCUGAUGAAUUGCUACAAUGUGAUCUUCAGAAUGUAUGUGGACUAACUGCAGACUGUGAUUUAUCAAUGUUUUUGAAAGCAGAAUGCCAAAUAUGGAUGAGUCAAACUGGAGUUUAGGGGCUUCAACGGGUAGCCUUGGGUCGACUACACCUCGUUUAUGCACCCAUCGGAAGACGUACCACCACGGUACUGACAUAAUGAGUCUACAGCAACCCUCACCCUCCGGGGAUUCAGCCACUGUUUCCCCUACAACGAGCUGGUCACCCAGGGACAGAGAUCGCCACAGCUUCCAGGUAGACAUGGCUCAUAUUAAACUCCAACCUGAAAUAAAACAAGAUCUACCAUGUCAUCCUCAAAGUGCCCGUGAAUCGCUACAGCAGCAGGGGCACCCAUCAUCCAACUACGGGGACCCGACUUUAUACCAUCGUCCAGUCAAUGAACAGCUUGAUAAUUACAUGGUGAUCAGACAGAGGAGUUUCCAUGGAUAUGCAAGAAGUAAAAGAGAUUUGAGACAACUUCCUCAGACUGACCCAAGGGAAGAUUCAGAGUUGAAUCCUAACUGGUUACAUCGUUCUAAAACUGAUAUCUACAUCGAGAGACGGCGAGCCAAACUUGCUUCUCAGGGAUCUAGACGCGGUGGGUCUGGUGGAUACAGCCUGUCUGGUAUUACAUUGGGAAGUCUCAUGAAUCAACUACCAACUGCUGGUAAACGAGAUCAUAAUGGAAAUACUAAGAUUGACUCAAGAAUGAUGAAUCCAUCCACUAAACCCAACACUCCUGCGACUGGGUCUCAAAUGGGUGGGUCUCAAAUGGGUGGGUCUCAAACAGGUGGGUCUCAAACAGGUGGGACAAGGUUCCCUCCGCUGACACUGAACCGGUUAAAACAACGAAUUCAAAAUGAUAUAGAGACUUAUUCCCAACCGGAACAUCGACGCCCCUCAACGACCAAUGUCCUCAUACCUACCUCAUCGACAACAUUCCCUAUCCCUGAUGCCCCUCCAAAUUCACCACCCCUCACUGAGCGAGACACACCCAGGUACUUCACACGGAGUAGGUUAAGAAAGGAGGCACAUGGUUCUAUACCUUUAAGGAUUUGGGAGCCAAGUUUAGACUAUGUUUUGAGGAGUGAUGCCAAAGUUUUACAACCUAGAUCACCAAUGCGAUCAUUUUCACAUCAAUCAUCGGUUCGUCAGCAACCGUCUCCACUGAAAUAAACAAAAUGGAAAUUUCAAAUCAAUCUUUCUAGCAUUCAAGUAUGAAUGGCUUUCUUCACCAAAAGGUGUAAUCAUUAUUUAAAGUAUUAAAGUUAAUCCCUAUUGCCUAGUAUUAUCAUCAACAACUGGGUGUUAAAAUUUACACUGUGGGUGUUCUGCUGUACCGAAAAGAGAAUCAUGAUUAACAUCACAUGGUAGUAAAAUAACUCAAAGAAAGAGUAAUUCUGUGUAUUUGCAGACAUUUGUGUUUUUGAACAUUUCAAGUUGUAGAUUUUGAUUCUGUAACACCCCAGUUGUUGUUGUUGAGUAGGUCACCCUGUUUGGUUGUUACAUCCCACGGAUGUGAAGAGAGCCAUAACAGCCCAACAAGAUGGGAUAGGUAUUAUUCUACAUCCCACGGAUGUGAAGAGAGCCAUAACAGCCCAACAAGAUGGGAUAGGUAUUAUUCUACAUAGGUCUGAUUUCAGAUUUGGAAAACUGUGACUAAAUAGUCCGAACAUUCUAUGGAAGCCUAAAAUGAGGAAAACUGUGACUAAAUAGUCCGAACAUUCUAUGGAAGCCUAAAAUGAGGAAAACUGUGACUAAAUAGUCCGAACAUUCUAUGGAAGCCUAAAAUGAGGAAAACUGUGACUAAAUAGUCCGAACAUUCUAUGGAAGCCUAAAAUGUACAUUGCUUGGCUUUCUUAGACGUGACAUUUUCAUAUAUUUUUUUCACAAUGACCAAAUAUCAUUCCUGACCCAUUUAAACCGUCAUUUUAUUCAGCUUUCAUUUCAUUUUAUUUUGUUAACAUAACAUUUCGUGGCCCACAGGUCAAAAUUGGAUGUCAGCAAUAAAUGGCUAAAACAUU